AUGGGAUCCUUAUCUUGGAGUGUAACCACAGCGCUUGUGCUGAUUUUCCUGGCAUUGGUAACUUUGUAUAUGGACCUAAACUUGCCCGAUCUGGUUUUCAGUGGCAGCAUUAUUGGUGGCAGUGACCUCAACAAUGGUAUCAUGAAUGGUAUCAACAAUGGUAUCAUCAAUGGUACAUGUACUGAUACAAAAGACACAAAAGAUACAAAAGAAGUGGUGCUGUUCAAUGCUAGUGGCAAUGCCCCAGAACUUGAGAGUUUGUAUUUUGUGCACUAUCAAAAGGUAGGAUCGAGUCUUUUGACAUUGCUGAGGAAUCGGAUUCCUUCCUGCACCAGGAAAGAUUGGACCUGUUUCGGAACCCGAGGAGGAGGAGUGGAUGCUUGGAUGUCCAGAGAUGGCCAAGACCACUUUGCCUUUACACCCCAGUCCAUGAAUGUGUCUCAUCUAUCCGAGCGAGAACUGGAUGGCAUGGAAACCUGCAAUGACCAAUUCCUCAACUGCAAAAAUGAAUCCAUCUUUCAUUGCAGCUACACCAACUGCAAACACAUUCCGAACAAAGUCACAAUCUUCAGAGACCCACACAAAUGGUUCCACUCCUAUGUUGAUUUUGUAUGGCUCUACCAUGCUGCAAAAGAGAAACCAGACCAAGCAAUGUAUGACAGUACCACAGCCAGACGUUUGGUUCUACCAAAACAGCAGCAAAUCGAAUUCACCACAGGAACCAACAAUGUUGCAACGGCACUCGACAUCCUGCAACACGAGUACGUAUUCUGGGGGAUCACAGAUCAGUGGAAGACCACCGUGUGUUUGUUUCAUUGUGAACUGGGAGGAGUGCCCGGGGAGAGUGAACUUCGAAACGUACGAAACAAGGCGAAACUACCCUUCAAGACACAAGAUGACAUUGAUGCAACCAUCCCACGACCACACCAGAUUGUACCGUCCAACAGCACUCAGUACAUCCAGAAAACCCUAAAAGAUGAUCUCAACUUGUACCACAAUCACCUCAUGCCACUCUUCCAAGAAAGGGCCAAACGAUGCAACUGCAUCAACUACAUGUAG